AUGAACAAGAAGCAAUUGUUUGAGAGAAGGCUCGCGAUAGAGCUCCUUUAUGUUGCCGGCAUUGCCUGCACAGCUCUUACUUUUUGUGUUCUUCUGAUUGCUUCAUCGAACCUUCGAGGCAAUCGCAAUGAGCUCUUCCAGCCGACUUACUUCUCGGUUGCUCCUGGCACCUUCCUCAACAGGCGCAUUGCAGUCUUCCCCGGAAAGAUGCUUUACGGGCUCGGCUCUGGCGAGGAGGAUCAGGCUGCCAACAUGGACGCUGUUGCAUUUGGAUCCUUCGACGGCGUGAAGGAUACCGAGGGAGAGGAAGUCCUCAAGGAAGUGCUUGGCGAGGAUUACUACGUCCCUGCGUUCGAGGAGGUCGCUGAGGCCGAGGAGACAGAGAAGGCCAUCACUGAGGUUGAGGAGGCGAUUCUCGAGGCGAAGCAGGAGAACAAGCUCUUGAAGGAGUUCGCCGCUGGUGAAGCCUAAAGCGAAGGCUCCCUACAUCGAUUUAUUGUAGCUUGACGCUCGCUUUCGAUUCACUGAGAUGUCAGCGCGUUGAUAAGUUGAUUCUGUGUUUCAAGAAAUUGGAUUCAAUUUCUCU